AUGGAAGUGACUGAGAAAUGUGAUGUAUUCAGUUUUGGAGUGCUUUGUCUAGAAAUCAUCAUGGGGAGGCAUCCGGGGGAUCUCGUUUCUUCAUUGUUAUCUUCAUCUUCAGCAGCAAUAACUCAUAAUUUGCUAUUGAUUGAUGUGAUGGACCAAAGACCAAAUCAUCCUCUUAAAUCAGUUGUUGGGGACAUCAUUUUGGUUGCAAGCUUUGCAUUUUCUUGCUUGAGGGAAAACCCAGGCUCUCGUCCUACCAUGGAUCAAGUGUCCAAAAGUCUUAUGAUGGGGAAAUCACCUUUAUCGGAUCAGCUCCCCUUGAUUAGACUUGGACAACUCCUCUAA